GCGGAUUUCGGCUGCCGAAGUGGAGUUAAAACACCCUAUAUAUAUAUAUAUACACAGACGAGGAAACACAUGCAGCCCAAAGUGCAGUUUGACCUGUUUGACCCGCACGAAUUUUGACGUCCACCGUAAAAUAUGUUGAACGUUUCUGGUUCGGUAAAAUUUAUCUAGUAUUUUCAAUUUACGAGAAUUAUAUUCCUCCGGAUAGAUAUCAAUUUUCACGUUACAAUCGGUUCUAUAAUGCCGGCAAGUCGUUUGGACGCGGUCUACAGGAGUCUUUUGCUCACAAAAUUCUUUACCAAGGGCUGGGGAAAACCGGAAAAUUUAAAAAGGAUAUUUGAGUUCCGAAAAAUUGUUGCAAAUCGAGAAGCUUGCUGCAAUCUCAUACCCACCAAUUAUCCCGUAACGAUAACGAAGGAUGAAGAAUGGUCAGACUGUCACAUUUUGGAGGGUUCGUUCCAGUCACCUUUUGACCAAAAUCUUCCAGGCCUCAUGCCGGAAGAGACGCGAACUGCUCACUUUCAGGUUGUUUUGCCACGCAAGUGGGAAUCCCAGCAAGUCAAACCCAUUUGCUUGCAUUUGGCCGGAACAGGGGAUCACUUCUACUGGCGCCGUCGCAACCUGAUUGCUCGCCCUCUGCUCAAGGAAGCUGGGAUCGGUGCAAUUCUACUUGAAAAUCCAUUCUACGGUCUCAGAAAGCCCAAGGAUCAGAUACGUUCGAGCUUGCACAAUGUCUCAGACAUUUUUGUAAUGGGUGGUUGCUUAAUAAUGGAAUCUAUAGUACUGUUAAACUGGUGCGAACAGCAAGGCUUUGGACCAUUAGGGCUUACCGGACUAUCAAUGGGUGGUCACAUGGCCUCUCUAGCAGCAACAAAUUGGCCAAAGCCAAUCCCUCUGGUUCCCUGCCUUUCAUGGUCUACCGCAUCGCCUGUUUUCACUGAAGGAGUCAUGAGCGCAUCCAUUAAUUGGCAUCUCCUUGAGUCCCAGUACUUUGCAGACGAAGUCUACCAGAAUGAUUUAGCAAAAAUGGUCAAAGUCGUCACGCAGGACGACGCAUUCUUGGCGGGACAACACUUCGCGAAACAUUAUCCAGAGAGUAUGAACAGGAUGGACAAACUGAAGAAGGAGGCAACCGACUCCGAUCGAGUCGUAACUGCCGAUUCGAAAACAGAACAAAAGAUGUCAGGUGAUAAGCUGUCACGAGGAGCACACAGUCUCACCGACGUUCAAAACAACAAAAACAGUACUGACCUCAGUAUCGACAAUAAUAAUGAUCAUUUUAAAGAUAACACAGACAAUAGUAAAGAUAAGACUAAAGAUACUGUUGUCGACCAGGCAAGAAUCGAUAUGGAGAAAGCGGAUGCAUUAGUGUUCCCCUUUAACCUUAUUACUAGCAAAUUGAAACUCUCUGACAGUGAUAUUUUGAAAGACAGCAAGUGGAGGGAACGAGAAGCCUUGCAGUUCAUGCGUGGCGUGAUGGACGAAUGUACUCAUCUCAAGAAUUUCGAGGUUCCGGUUGAUACGGAACUUAUAAUCGCAGUAUGCGCUCGAGAUGAUGCUUAUGUGCCCCGGGAAGGCUGUAUGGGUCUUGAACAAAUCUGGCCUGGAGCCGAAAUACGGUUCAUUGAUGCUGGUCACGUUUCAGCAUAUCUUCUUCACCAAAAACUAUUCAGGUCAACAAUCGUCGAGGCCUUCACAAGAUAUACGAAAAAAUAUCCAGUAAACAAGAGUUGACAAGCGGCAUAUGAGUAAAUGAGGGACGCAGCUUACUCAGUGGUUCUGCGCUUCAUUCUCAUACGACCCAUUAAUUAGAUUUAAUUAAUUGUUUGAAUAUAGAGGUUUGGAAGCUUCGACAUGCCUCACGAUUACAAUUUAUUAAUCGUUGACAUCAUAGCGAUAAAUUCUCGUUGUUGUUCAAUUUCGAAUGUUUGUCAGCUUAUAAAAUUCACCAAGCAGUGGUAUAAUAUGUCCGAAUCAAUUGUCUAACAAUUUAUCCUGUAAAUAAGGAUCGUCUGAACGCGUUGAUAAUAACGUAUUAUAAUCGUUUUGAAAGUUUGAGAGUCUGACUAGUGAUUUUAAACAGAAAACAUUUGCACUUGCUUUAGCUGUCCUCUUGUAUAUAAUAUACACAAAGUAUGAGGUCAUUUUUUCAUGGAUAACUACUUCUGUAAUAUAUGUAUUCAGAUAAUGUACAAUAUUUAUAUACAGUUUAUAGAAUUGUAAACACAGA